CGUCCUUUUGCCACCCACAUUAUUGCCAUACCUAACUCGCUAGGUGCGCAAGAAAUCCCUAAACCAUGUCGAAGAGAGGACGUUCUGGAGCUUCGGGCAACAAAUUCCGGAUGACCCUUGGUCUCCCGGUCGGUGCAGUCAUGAACUGUGCUGACAACUCUGGAGCGAAAAACCUUUACAUCAUCUCCGUCAAGGGUAUCAAGGGACGUUUGAACCGUUUGCCUGCCGCUGGUGUCGGCGACAUGGUCCUCGCCACCGUGAAGAAGGGAAAGCCGGAUCUGAGAAAGAAGGUUAUGCCCGCCGUUGUCAUCCGUCAGAGGAAGCCUUGGCGCCGUAGGGAUGGCAUCUACCUCUACUUUGAGGACAAUGCAGGUGUUAUCGUCAACCCCAAAGGUGAAAUGAAGGGUUCGGCAAUUACUGGUCCCGUCGGUAAAGAGUGCGCAGAUUUGUGGCCCAAGAUCGCCUCCAGCUCGGGUACCGUCGUAUAA